AUUACUGAACGCUAUCAAACCGGGUACGGUGCAGAAGAUUAUGAAGCCGAGCAGCAAUUUUAACUGCAUGGAAAAUAUUAAUCAGUUUUGCAACGGUGUUCGCUCAUUAGGUGUCAAGGAUGAGGAAACGUUUCAAUCGGUGGAUUUGUUCGAAGCGCGCGAUCUCUUUUCCGUUUGCGUUACGCUUCAGUCACUGGGACGCUUGGUUUGUUUCAUUCUUCAUAGGCAAAAUAUUAAUUUAGUUAACCCGAAUAGUGCAAAAAAUCCAUGA